AUGAAAUCUAAGAAAAUACAUAAAAACGACGGCCGACAAGGUUCACCACAUAUUAAAGGAAACCCACAACAAGAAGCAUCAAAAGAUACAUUAAAGACAAAAAUUAAAAUUAAAAAGCAAAGCAUAGAGAAGCAGCAUCAACAGCAGCAGGAGAAAAUCAAAGACUCAACGCCUGUUUCUUCAAGGAAGAAAAAAAAUGAUGCUAUUGAAGUUUCACGAGUUCCGGAGCCACUACCCGAGAUCCCUCGUACUGGCUUUAAAAUACUUCCAAUAAUAAUACCUUUCACGACAAAAGUCAUCAACGGCCCCCCUGAACCAACUCAUUACUGCUAUAUAAAACAGCACGAAACACGUAAAAAUAGCCCGGAUACUCCUAUCGACAGGGUUUUAUUCAUUUCAAACUUACCAGUAGACGCGACUAAAGAACAUAUAAAGCAUUUAUUCAAAGAAUGUGGGAAUGUGGAAAGUGUGAUUUUUCAAGGGGUGCUGAAAUUGCACGACGAGUACCCAAAAGAUAAUAAUUUGGAGGAGGAUGAAACAACGGAAGACGUAAAUAAUGAAGCUGUUGCUUCAUCGUUAAUAGAUGGAAAGAAAUCGAAAAAGAAAAAAAAAAAGAAGCAGCGGCAAAUAUUAAUAAAACUCGAGCAAAAGAUUAACAAUGCUGAAGUAGUAUUGAUGAGGCAAUUGCUAACCCAUGGUUCUUCGGCCCUUGUUAUCUUCGAGGAGAAAGAAGGUCUUACCAACGCUCUAAAUAUGAAACAAGAGAAAAGAAUAUGGAGUGCUGGUGUUGAAAAGAUUCCUCCUUUAGGACUAGAGAAAUGGAUACAAGAAUAUAAAUUGCUCCGAAAAUCUCCCGAUAUUCUUCAAGCGGAGGUUGAUAAAUUUAUGUUAGAAUACGAAGAAGCCGAAAAAGAACGACAACGAAAGUUGGCAGCUAACUUAAAUAAACCCGAUGAAGACGGAUUUAUUCUAGUGACUAGAACUGCCAGACGUAACAUUAAUACGGACGGUGGGAUUGCAGUAACUGCAGCCAAAGCCGAGGAUAUUAAAAAUCUUAAGCCAAAAAAACGAGAGUUAACUGAUUUUUAUCGAUUUCAAUUGCGUGAGACUAAAAGAAACAAACUGAUUGAAUUACGUAAAAAAUUCGAGCAAGACAAACAGAAAAUCGCACAGUUAAAAGCCGCAAGACGAUUCACACCUUAUUAA